AUGGGGGCACCGGGGGGCCCGGCGCUGCUGCUGCUGCCCUUGCUGCUGCUGCUGCCGGGCGCCGUUGGCGCCGCCCGCCCCGGCCUGCAAGUCAUCGACCUGCUCAUGGUGAGCGAGGCCCGGCAGAUGGGCAGCGUCGCGCACAAGAUCCGCAUGGAGCUGCUGUCCGUCAACGACAUCUUCCUGCUCUCCACCUUCCGCCUGCCCCCCAAGCAAGGCGGCACGCUCUUCGGCCUCUACUCCAAGAAGGACAACACGAGGUGGCUGGAGGUGACGAUCGUGGGCAAGAUCAACAAAGUGCUGGUGCGGUACCUGCGGGAAGACAACAAGCUGCACGCGGUCAACCUGCAGCACGCGCACGUGGCCGACGGGCAGAGCCACACGGUGCUGGUGCGCCUGAGCGGGCUGCGCGGGGACAUGCUCAGCAUGGAGCUCUACGUGGACUGCAAGCAGGUGGACUCCAGCGUGGCGCUGCCCGAGCUCUCCGAGAUCCCGUUGGCCGAGGUGGAGUCCCUGGAGGUGCGCACGGGGCAGAAGGCCUAUCAGAGGAUGCAGGGCUUYGUGGAGUCCAUGAAGCUGAUCCUGGGGGGGUCCCUGAGCCGAGUCGGGGCGCUGAGCGAGUGUCCCUUCCAAGGGGACGAGUCCCUUCACAGCGCAGUGACGAGCGUGCUGGCCUCGGUGCUGGGCGAGCAGACCAAGGCGCUGGUCACCCAGCUGACGCUCUUCAACCGGGUGCUGACCGAGCUGCGGGAGGACAUUAGAGACCAGGUCAAGGAGAUGUCGCUGAUCCGCAACACCAUCAUGGAGUGCCAGGUCUGCGGGUUCCACGAGCACCGCUCGCGCUGCAACCCCAACCCCUGCUUCAGYGGCGUGGACUGCAUGGAGACCUAUGAGUACCCCGGGUACCGCUGCGGGCCCUGCCCGCCGGGGCUGGAGGGCAACGGGACCCACUGCGCCGACACCGACGAGUGCGCCCACGCCGACCCCUGCUUCCCCGGCUCCAAGUGCAUCAACACGGCGCCAGGCUUCCACUGCGAGCCUUGUCCCCGUGGCUACCGCGGCAACACCGUGUCCGGCGUGGGGGCCGACUACGCGCGGGCCAGCAAGCAGGUUUGCACCGACGUCGACGAGUGCAACGACGGCAACAACGGCGGCUGCGACCCCAACUCCAUCUGCACCAACACCCUGGGCUCCUACAAGUGUGGCCCCUGCAAGUCGGGCUUUGUGGGGAACCAGACGGCCGGCUGCGUCCUGCAGCGCUCCUGCAGCAGCCCCUCCGCCAGCCCCUGCGACGUCAACGGCUUCUGCGCCUUCGAGCGCAACGGCGAGAUCUCCUGCGCGUGCAACGUGGGCUGGGCCGGCAACGGCAACGUGUGCGGGCGAGACACGGACCUGGACGGCUACCCCGACGAGCCGCUGCCCUGCAUCGACAACAACAAGCACUGCAAGCAGGACAACUGCCGCCUGACGCCCAACUCGGGCCAGGAGGACGCCGACAACGACGGCAUCGGGGACCAGUGCGACGAUGACGCCGACGGCGACGGCAUCAAGAACGUGGAGGACAACUGCCGGCUCUUCCCCAACAAAGACCAGCAGAACUCGGACACCGACUCCUUCGGGGACGCCUGCGACAACUGUCCCAACGUGCCCAACAACGACCAGCGCGACACAGACAGCAACGGCGAGGGYGAUGCCUGCGACAACGACAUCGACGGGGACGGGAUCCCCAACACGCUGGACAACUGCCCCAAGGUGCCCAACCCGCUGCAGACGGAUCGUGACGAGGACGGCGUGGGCGACGCCUGCGACAGCUGCCCCGAGACCAGCAACCCCACGCAGACAGAUGUGGACAGUGACCUGGUGGGAGACACCUGUGACACCAACGAGGACAGCGACGGGGACGGGCACCAGGACACUAAGGACAACUGCGCCGAGAUCCCCAACAGCUCCCAGCUGGACUCGGACAACGACGGGCUGGGCGACGAGUGCGACAACGACGACGACAACGACGGCGUCCCCGACUACGCGGCGCCCGGCCCCGACAACUGCCGCCUCAUCCCCAACCCCAACCAGAAGGACUCGGACGGCAACGGCGUGGGCGACGUCUGCGAGGAGGACUUCGACAACGACACCGUGGCCGACCCGCUGGACGCCUGUCCCGAGAGCGCCGAGGUGACGCUCACCGACUUCCGCGCCUACCAGACGGUGAUCCUGGACCCCGAGGGCGACGCGCAGAUCGACCCCAACUGGGUGGUGCUCAACCAGGGCAUGGAGAUUGUGCAGACCAUGAACAGCGACCCGGGCCUGGCUGUGGGCUACACGGCCUUCAACGGCGUGGACUUCGAGGGCACCUUCCAUGUCAACACGGUCACCGACGAUGACUACGCCGGCUUCAUCUUCAGCUACCAGGACAGCGCCAGCUUCUACGUGGUCAUGUGGAAGCAGACGGAGCAGACGUACUGGCAGGCCACCCCGUUCCGCGCCGUGGCCCAGCCGGGGCUGCAGCUCAAGGCGGUGAAGUCGUCGACGGGCCCCGGGGAGCACCUGCGCAACGCGCUGUGGCACACGGGCCACACGCCGGGCCACGUGCGGCUGCUCUGGAAGGACCCGCGCAACGUGGGCUGGCGGGACAAGACGUCCUACCGCUGGCAGCUGGCGCACCGGCCCCAGGUGGGCUACAUCAGGUGA